AUGGGGAUUCUGCCCAUUCUCUCGAUCCUUUACGCUCUGUUUGCCAUGAACAUGGCAACAGAUGCGGUGACCCCAGCUCAGCCUAACACUCUAGAGUUGUCAAAGAAGAUAGACAUCACUCUUAACGAUGCCUUGGCCAAAAGUGAGGAUAUUGCCUCUGACAAUCUAGUGGAGAAGCAGGAGGAGGAAGUGGCUGAUGCCCUGGGAGAUGAUGAGGAUGAUGAGGAUGCUGCUGCUGACACUCCAGAGCCUGCUGGCUUUGACGUGGAAGUGACUGAUGCUCUUGCUGAGGAUGACACUGCAGAGGUGGAUGAGUUGCAGGGGGAGGACAGUGAAGCCCUGGAUGGUGAUGAGGAUGUUGCAGCCGAGAAUGAAGAGACCCCUGCUGAUGCUCCAGCCCCAGCCGAGUUGGAAGAGGCUUUGAGUAAGGCAAAUACUUCCGCUGAUUCCAAGGGUUCCAUUGAGAAGAGGGUUGUAGGUGGAAGUGUAUCCUCAUGGAGCCUCUGGCGAUGGCAGGUCUCUCUCCAGUACAAGUCUGGCUGUGGGUACCGCCACACCUGUGGAGGAUUUCUGGUCAAGAGGAACUGGGUGAUGACUGCAGCUCACUGUGUGGAUAGUCGCAGGGUGUAUCGUGUGGUCGCUGGUGAGCGUGACCUCAACAGGAAGAACAGCAGGGAGCAGUACCUAGGUGUUUACCGCAUCUACCGCCACCCUAGUUGGAAUAAAAGGGUGGCUAAUGGCAAUGACAUUGCCCUGCUGCGCCUCCGCUCAUACGCUACAGUGAACCGCUACGUGCAGCUGGCCGUACUGCCUCCAGCCAAUCAGGUGCUCCGUCACGGAUACGGAUCUUGCUACGUCUCCGGCUGGGGACGUACAUCAACCAGGGGCAGGAUCUCAAACCUGUUGAGGCAUGCCCGCCUGCCCAUCGUCAGCUAUGGCACAUGUAGAAACCGAUACUGGUGGGGCACCACAGUGAAGAGCACCAUGGUGUGCGCUGGAGGAAACGGCAGACAGGCAGGAUGCUUUGGAGACUCUGGUGGUCCUCUGAACUGCCAUGUGGGCGGGAAAUGGGUUAUCCACGGAAUAACCAGCUUCGUCUCCAGCCGUGGAUGUAACGUCGUGAGAAAGCCAACUGUGUUCACUCGUGUGUCUGCCCACAUGUGCUGGAUCAGGAGUCUUAUUGGAGCUUAAGUCCGAUAUGAAGACGACUCUGAAUGAAGACCAGUGUCUAUUCUGGUUCCCUCUCACUCAAUUUCAUUAUGUAGAGAAGUAGCAAUAAAACUUUCAUUUCACUGCAUCUCCUUGUUGUGUGCGUCUUCCUUUGAAUGGAGUUUUGGUUAA